AUGGCGGCGGAUCGGAGCAAAAGCUUUGUGAGAGAUGAGUUCGUGACGUAUGCUUACAUUCUUCUCUACAUCGCUCUCUCUAGCGGUCAAAUCUUCUUCAAUAAGUGGGUUUUGUCAUCUAAAGAAAUAAACUUUCCUUAUCCGCUUGGAUUGACUUUACUCCAUAUGAUCUUCUCCUCUGUCUUGUGCUUUCUUCUCACCAAAGUUCUCAAGAUCUUCAAGGUUGAGGAAGGAAUGACAUUAGAAAUAUAUGUUACAUCAGUUAUUCCAAUAGGUGCCAUGUUUGCAAUGACCCUCUGGUUGGGCAACACUGCCUAUCUCUACAUAUCAGUUUCUUUUGCCCAGAUGUUGAAGGCUAUAAUGCCUGUUGCUGUGUUUGUUCUUGGAGUAGCUGCUGGACUUGAAAUGAUGAGCUGCAGGAUGCUUUUGAUUAUGUCUAUCAUCAGUUUCGGUGUUUUAGUUGCCUCGUAUGGAGAACUAAACAUCAACUGGAUCGGUGUAGUUUACCAAAUGGGUGGUGUCGUUGGAGAAGCACUUCGUCUUAUCUUCAUGGAGAUUCUUGUUAAGAGGAAAGGAAUUAAACUAAACCCAAUCUCUCUUAUGUACUAUGUGAGCCCCUGCAGUGCUCUUUGCUUGUUUCUACCGUGGAUCUUUCUAGAGAAGUCGAAGAUGGAGGGUAAUGACACAUGGGACUUCCAUUUCGUUGUGUUGACACUUAACUCUCUCUGUACAUUCGCUCUCAACUUGUCGGUUUUCCUUGUGAUCUCUCACACGAGUGCUCUCACUAUCCGAGUUGCUGGCGUUGUCAAGGACUGGGUGGUUGUCUUGGUCUCAGCUCUUCUCUUUGCCGACACAAAACUCACAGUCAUCAAUCUUUUUGGUUACGCUAUUGCCAUUGCUGGUGUAGCGGCUUAUAACAAUCAUAAGCUGAAGAAAGAAGCUAUUGGAGUUACCACCGAAACUCCAGGAGAUGAUAGUGAAUCGAUAGCGUUGGUGUCACAGUCUAAUACAGAGAGAUGA